GCGAAGUUCCUGGCCCCACGUCGUCGCUGCUCUACCACUACAUCGCCUUCAUCAUCCACACCUCGCUCCACCGCUCUCACCAUCCUCACUUCUCUCCAUUCUCACUUCAGCGCAUCCACUUCAUUUUCCUCACAUCACCAACCUCACAUCAAACAACCCCCUCCUCAGCCCGCCCCUCGUUCUCUCCACUGCAUGGUCCGCAUCCCUACGGACCUCAACCCAGCACCUUUCUCCCCCAUCCCCUCACCCAUAAUGCCCCCGCAACUCCGCAGCUCGUGCGCGCCGCUCACAGCGACGAAGAUUGACUUCUCCUUCACGUGCCACUGCUGCUCAGCAGAGUUCUACCUGUUCGGGCGUGCGCUGCCGGCCUCCGCGGCGGCCGAAACGCUUCACGAGCUGCACCAGCGCGGGAUGCUGCCCAGUCCGCUGUACCAGUGGCACUGUCCGCUGCCGUGUCGCCAUCGGGCCUGCGCGGAGUGUGUAUUCAAGGUCCGCAGGAGUGUAUGCGUCGACGGCGGAGUGUGGAUCACUGCGGAGCAGCAGGAGUGGGCGGUUGUGAGGCCGGUUUGGCUCAGGAAAUAG